CCAUGGAAUGAAGAAUUGAGAAUGCAUUUGUUACAGUUAUUAACUCCACAGUUUGUACAGAGUCUCUGUGAUGAUGUUACUAUCUUAUUUAAAUAUGAUCGUAAUGUGAAUCGUUUUUUGAAAUAUAGUCAGUUACGAGUACUUCGAGGACAAAUAUGGAAUUUACGACUAGCUUUAAUGAUGAAUGAAUCCCCAGCACAAAUGGUAAAACGACCGCUAGUUCUUGUUUCACGUCGUUAUCGUGGUCGUCCACCUGAUGAUGACUGGAAUCGAGCAUUUCAAGUACGACCUGCUGAUUUCGGUGAUCGGAACUGUUGCUAA